AUGUGCUGGCGAAGUCGCUCCAGCGAGACAGCCACUGGAGAUGGCUAUGAAUGGAUCUGCAGCUACUUGACUAGCUAUGACAGCGACUUGUUGGAACUCGAGCUAGAUGUGGAUGGCCAGUACUUUUUUGACAACAUGGAUCUACAGAUAACAAGUCCACCUCAGCCAAACGAGGACAAUGGAGCGGCAUUUCAAUUGACACCAUUUGUGCUAAGCGUGAUAUCCGAGUUUCCUUCACAUCCAGAUAUUGCGACACCAGACCCAGAGCUGGUAUCGAAGUGCAGUGUAUUGGACGAAGCUCAAACGAUAACCACUAGAAGCAGAAGCAGGGGUCAACUUGGAUCUCAUGCUGUACGACACGCAGUGACUACUCCUCGUAAGCGUCGUACUCGCGGUCUCAAUUGCUCUGACAAGACCACAACAACAACAUUACCAUCUGGAACUUGCAUCGUUAGCUGCAUGAGACCAAACACUCGCUCGAGCUCGCGAAAGAAAUUCAAGCGCCGCCUUUUCUACUAG